AUGGUUGCCUCAGGCGCUCAGCGCAUCAUCCGUCUGUUGCGUCAUUCCUUUGCAACCCGGACCUUUCUGCGCAUACGAGCCCAACCAUGGGAUAUGCAGCUCGAUUUUGCGGUGCAGCUAGGAUACGCAUACAUCGAAGUCCGCUUUGAUGCGGCAAAGUCCAUACUUGAACCCCGGCUCGAGGAUCACGGCCGGGUCAUUCGCGAUCAAUACUCACUAAUUCGAGAUAGCUACGCGGCCCCCAAGCAUCCGAUCGUUCUCGCCCAUGGCUUACUUGGCUUUGACGAGCUUCGGCUCGCCGGGCCAUUCCUUCCAGGUGUCCAGUACUGGCGCGGAAUCAAGGAAGCUCUUACCGCGAAAGGUGUAGAGGUAGUUACUGCGACGGUACCGCCAUCUGGAUCAAUUGAAGAGCGAGCGGAGGAGUUGGCGCGCGAUAUCGAGAUCGGGGCACAGGGAAAGGAUGUCAAUAUCAUCGCACAUAGUAUGGGUGGCCUGGACUCGCGAUACAUGAUCAGCCGUCUUCAACCGCAGAAGUUCAAGGUGCUGUCUCUGACGACCAUUGCCACGCCUCAUCGUGGCUCAGCAGUAGCCGAUUACUGUUUCGACCAAAUUGGCACCGAAUUGUUACCCCAGAUCUACUACACUCUAAAUAAGCUUAACGUCGCCACGGGCGCUUUUUCUCAAUUGACGAGAAAGUAUAUGUCUGAGGAUUUCAACCCAAACACGCCUGAUCUUGACAGUGUCCGAUAUUUCUCCUAUGGGGCAACCGUUGAACCCAGUUUGUGGUCCGUCUUUCGACUAUCUCACCGCAUCCUCGCCAAAGCCGAGGGUCCCAAUGACGGACUGGUCAGUGUGGCUAGUAGCCUGUGGGGUGGUGAGACAGGAUACAAGGGAACUCUGGUGGGCGUCAGCCAUCUCGACCUGAUCAAUUGGACAAAUCGGUUGAAGUGGCUGGCGGCAGAGGUGACGGGCAAUCCGCGCAAGUUCAAUGCCAUCGCCUUUUACUUGGAUAUUGCAGGUAUGAGUGCCCAAUCAUUUACCAGCGUAUCAAGCGAGUAUAUUGACCUGAAAACUGCGGUAGAUAUGUUGGCCAAGGAGGGUUUAUAA